CAGAAAGUAGCAUUUUUAAAGUUCACAAACUGAGGUGAUGACGUCCUUAAAGUACAUCCUUCGGCUUGACACGAUAAAUGCAUUUUUUCGGUCGUAUUGUUGAGAUUCUAGAGGAGAUAAGUAGUAUCUGGAAAACCCUUAAAAUCACACAGAGGAACCUGUGUAGAAGUUGUGUAAAGUUUUACGUGCCAAAAUAACAAACAACUGAUUGCAGAUUCUUUGGAAUCGUUCAACCAUAACAUCACCACGUCGUUAAUACAUUAAUAUUUCGUGGAGCUAAUAUUGUACAUUCAUCUUUUUUUUUCAAUAUAUCGAUCUACUCGACAGACAUGGAAAAACUAGUGUGCGUGUUUCUACUUUCACUUUUCCUGUGCACCUCGUGUGAAACAUGUGAUGGGGAUUCAAGUCAAUGUGAUGGCGAUUCAAAAGAAGAAGGCUGUGGGUGUAAAGUUAACCGUGACUCUACUAAAUACUCAAGCAAUGAACAUAAUGAAAAGGCAGAUGAACAACAUGUAAACAUUCCAUCUGAUAUACCCCGAACAAAUGAGAUGUUGUUCAUAGAACGGGGGACUUUUACUAUGGGGACUGAUGAACCAGUUUUUCCAGUAGACGGGGAAGGUCCAGCAAGGAAAGUCACAGUGUAUGGAUUCUAUCUGGAUAAACAUGAAGUCAGUAACGCCGAGUUUCAAAGAUUUGUAGCAGAAACAAAAUAUGUGACGGAGGCAGAAAGUUUUGGAAAUUCCUUUUGCUUGGAGAAUUAUGUCAGUGAAGAAGUUUUAAAAAAUGUCACUCAAUCGGUAGCUGCUGCCCCCUGGUGGGUCCCAAUAAACGGCGCUGACUGGAGGCACCCCAAUGGACCAGAUUCUUCCAUCAAAGACAUAAUGGAUCACCCUGUUGUACAUGUGUCAUGGAAUGAUGCUGUCAAAUACUGUGAGUGGGCGGGGAAACGACUGCCGACAGAAGCAGAGUUUGAGCGUGCUUGUAAAGGCAAUCUCAAAUCAAGACUUUUCCCAUGGGGAAAUAAGGAAGAACCUAAAGGGAAACAUUGGAUGAAUAUCUGGCAUGGGAAAUUUCCCUCUGAGAACACAGCAAACGAUGGCUAUCAUACCACAGCCCCAGUUACAGAAUUUCCAGAACAAAAUAUAUUUGGUGUUAAAAACAUCAUAGGAAAUGUUUGGGAGUGGACACAAGAUUGGUGGGAGACCAAGUUUACCCCCACCCCAAAGAAAAACCCUAAGGGACCACGUUUUGGAACAGACAAAGUAAAGAAAGGAGGCUCUUAUAUGUGCCAUAAAAACUACUGCUAUCGCUAUAGAUGUGACGCUAGGAGUCAGAAUACACCGGACAGCUCGGCGGUCAAUUUAGGCUUCCGUUGCGCAAUGAGUUUUUCGGGGGUUGCAGCGAGAAGAUAUUCCCGAUCUGCUCGGUACAGGUCUUACUACUCUGGCUCAAGCACAGAGGAGGACAAUACAGAGGCGAUCAUUGUUGUUUGCUCAAUUUUGGGGUUUUUCGCUAUAGUCACCAUUGUGUUGCUUCUACGCACCAAAUAUUGCCCCUUUUGGUCCCCAAAGGAAGCUAUUUCAGACUGUACCAGCGACUGGAAAUGCUGCAGAACCGAGGAGAAAAACGAAAGAAAAAUGCACGUCUCCGCGGUCUCCCCAACUGUACAACUCAAAGAAAAGGAAAAACGAAAGUCAAAUUGGGCGCCAAUCAAAAGGCACAUGUCGGACUUAAAAAUAGUCAUGCAAACCCCUAAACCAGUUCUUUUAAAGAGGGAGUCAAAGGAAUUAGAAAAGAACAUUUCUCUAUAUGAAUCGAACCCGAUGCAUUACCGCAAUUUCAUGGAACCGCCGCCUGCGUAUGAAUACCUUGACCCACCGCCUGAAACCAAGAAGCAAGACGAUUCAGAUUUUCUUCAGAAUCGCCAAAGAAUCAGUAGAAUCAGUAGGACGAUAUCAGCAUUACGUAUAGAGAAGGUCAGAGAAGAGGCGAAGAACUCACAGGAAAAAUUCGCCCCAAACGGUCGGCGGUUGAAGCGCGUCCACUCAGCACUAUAAACAAGAUUGCAACACCAACUAGAGACACUAACUUGAAUUUGAGACUUUAACUAAACGGUUGCAAAUCCCAUUAGUAGUUAUGCAGAUUAUUGCAUUUAUAAAUCCAUGUUAUUAAUAUUGUACAUCUGCUCAUAGCUUUUAUGCAAAGAACACAGUCAUUUAUUUUAGGAAUUUCCAAGCCUGACAACAAAAUAAAACACACGGGUACUUACAUAAGAUAUGCAAUUACGUGCUUGCUUCUUUUUAUUAAAAAAGUGAGAAAAAUGGGCAUAUUAAAUGAACUUACUGAGUUGAUUUUGAAGAAUUAUUUUGCAUACUUAAGUGUAUGAAUCAAAGUGACAUUUGAUUGUUGAUCGUGAUUGCCGAUUUACUGUCUGUUUUAAUAAUUGUUGCAUAAUCGAUUCAUAUGCUUGUACAUAAUUAAAGUUUAAAAUGUGAAGUUAAUAAUAUUAGAAAUCCAUACUAGUAUGCAACUUAUGCAUAUUCUUUAAUGUCGAAUAAUAACUUCAAUUUUUUCAGUUCUAACCCCCAACCCCUCCCCGCUCUCAAAUUACUUCGCCGUCCAAUGAAUUUAAAGAAUACUUACUUAAAUUACUGAUGUUCUAUUCACUGUAAAUCUUGUUCAAUAUCGUAUACAUAAAACAACGUAGAAUAAACAAAAAUUAAAAUCUUCAUUGCAUUUAUUAAAGAUCAUUCACUUAUUUGUUCAUAUACAUGCAACAUAUUUGGCCAAAUACAUGAAAGAACAUAAAUACAUGUAUAAUAUUGGAGAGUUAUUGCAAUGUUAAACACAUUGCAACAGUGUGCAGGUAGACAUGGGUAGCAGGCGUUGUUUACAACAACAACCAAUAAAUAGCACAAAAAUGAUGAUAGCACAAUACUGGACGGAGAGCUGGACGAUGUCGAUUCAAACUUUCUCAUGUUUCAAUCUAGAGACUGAGACGUUCGAGAUCUGAACAAGUAAACAACAUAAUAUAUUUGGUAUAUUUCUUCCUUCAAAUUGUCCGAGAUCUGAACAAGUAAACAACAUCUAUUUGGUAUUUCUUCCUUCAAAUUGGUGCCGAGACCAGGAUUUUAUUAAAGUGUAAAAAAUAAACGGAAAAAAUGGUUUAAUAUAAACCAUCAUUAUUCGUGGGUUACAAUGUCUAUAACAAAACCUUCAAAAUUAGCUCGGUAUAAUUUUUUUUCUAAUCACCCGUACUUUCCUUAUCAUGCAUUAAUAUUGUAAAAAUUAUAACGUACAAUUUUUCAACCCUUCCCGUGUAUAUUCUUAAUUAGAUUAUGAAUUAUCAUGAAAGUUUGAAAUCACGGGUAUCGAAGCAAGUGCAUCGAUGGGUGAAAAAAAGAAGUAAGAAUA